AUGGCGAAUUUGCCCCCAUCUCUCUCAGUGAAUUUACCAUUCGGAGGACCGAGUGGUUGGAGUAGUAGUAGUGUAACCGCGCCAAACUUGGCAGGAAACAGAGACAGAAAAAUGGCGUCCGCUGAGCAAUUGGUCCUCGACCUCAGCAAUCCCGAUCUUCGCGAAAAUGCUCUUCUCGAGCUCUCUAAGAAGAGAGAACUAUUUCAAGAUUUGGCUCCUUUACUGUGGAAUUCGUUUGGUACUAUUGCUGCAUUACUACAGGAGAUCGUAUCAAUUUACCCUGUUCUAUCACCACCAAAUCUAACUCCUGCACAAUCAAAUCGAGUUUGCAAUGCUCUUGCUCUUCUUCAGUGUGUUGCUUCUCACCCAGACACAAGGAUGUUGUUCAUCAAUGCCCAUAUACCGUUGUAUCUGUAUCCUUUUCUCAACACAGGAAGCAAGUCGAGGCCCUUUGAGUACUUGAGGCUUACUAGUUUAGGGGUAAUUGGUGCUUUGGUGAAGGUUGAUGAGUCACAAGUUAUUAAUUUCCUUCUCUCAACUGAAAUAAUUCCCUUGUGCCUGCGCACUAUGGAAAUGGGUAGUGAACUGUCGAAAACGGUUGCUACCUUUAUAGUCCAAAAGAUUCUGUUGGACGAUACGGGCUUGGAUUAUAUCUGCACUACAGCAGAGCGGUUUUUCGCUGUUGGCCGUGUUUUGGGAAGCAUGGUGGCAGCUCAAGCUGAACAGCCUUCAUCGCGUUUGCUGAAACAUAUCAUUAGAUGUUAUCUGCGACUGUCUGAUAAUCCAAAGGCUUGCGAUGCAUUAAGAAGUUGCCUUCCGGACAUGUUAAGAGAUUCUACUUUCAGUAGUUGCCUGCAUGAAGACCCAACAACCAGGAGGUGGCUACAACAGUUGCUGCACAACGUCGGCGUAAGCCGUGUCCCUGCACUUCAAGCUGGAGGAGGAUUUGAGCAUAUGAUGGUGAAUUAAAUUACAGAUAUAAAAAUUCCAUAAGACUCCAUUCUGUUGUUUCUUAGUCCUAAUUAAAUAGGGUCCCUGGUGUCUGUCUCAUUAUCUUAUUUAUGCCGUUCACCAUGGCCCAUAAGUAGCCAAAGACAUUUCAAUUUGUAAACGUGUAGCUACUAUAAAUUUUUGCUUGUUUGAGUUAAUUUAUUGUAACUUAUUUUUCUUUUUUCCUAUGGUGGGAUGAUUAUCACAAUAGACAUAUUUUAUAA